CUUCGAGAACUCCCGUCCGGCUUUGAAACAGCGGGGGGAAGAUGGGCCUGGGUAUCCUACGAAACACCCUCUGUCGCAGCCAUCCCUGGCUCCUUUAAUCGAUCCGCCAUGGACGCUCCGCACGUGGCCAACGUCUCAGAUCCUAUCAUCCAGUUCGCGAACGAAUACCUCAACGAGACCGACUUCAUCGCCUACGACCCUCGCUUCUUCGACAUAAUAGGAAGCCAAGCCAAAGUCGAACACAUCCAUCAACUAGCAUACCAGACCCACGAAUCGCCCUGCUAUAAUGCAGCCACCAAAACCCUCUUCUUCACCGAAUGGGGCCUACCGGGUGGCGACAACGGCACCCAUCCCUGGCAGUACCUCCUCCACACGCUGAACAACACGCUCACGAAGAUCCAAACGCAACCCCCCACCGUAAACGCCCAUGGCUGCGUCAUCAACAACGGCACCAUGUACGUCGUCACCGACGGUGACGGCGACAAAGAAACCGGCGCGCUCGUGAAGAUCAACCCGUCCAGCUUCGCCAAAGAAGUCAUCCUGAACAACUACUAUACGCAGCCCUUCCUGGGCUUCAACGACCUGGACAUCGACAGCAACGGCAACUUCUGGCUCACCGAUUCCAAGUCUGCAUACGCACGUAAGCCUCUCCAUAUAACGCUCCUCGGCCGCGACCUAAUCGACUUCUACUACCCGACAAACCCCACCGUCUACUUCGUCAACCGCACCACCAUGCGCCCCAAAGCCGUCCACAUCACCACCGGCAACGCAAACGGCGUCGCCGUCUCCCGCAACCCCUCCACAAACACCUCUACCGUCUACCUCCCCGACACCGGCGUUUCCGAGUUCAAGCCCGUGUCGCGCAAGAACCCCUUCGGGAACCGCGCGUUGUUCGCGUACGAGGCUGGCGCUGGUGGCGUCUUGUCGAAUCCGCGGUUUCUAAACAACCCGAUUAGUUACUUUUAUGAUGGGAUUCGGGCGAGUCGGAGCGGGCUGCUGUUUGAGGGCUCAGGUGAUGGCGUGGAUGUGAUUGAUCCGGUUGAUGGAUGGACGUUGGGGAGGAUUAGGGUUGGCGGUGGGGAGAACUUGGCGGUGAGUGUGGCGUGG